UUGGUUUAUUUUAGUUACUGCUAAAAUGAAGUUUAGGUGUAAAGUUACCGAUGGUGUAGCAAUGAAAGAACUCUCAAAUAUAACCACAGGAAUCUCAAAGUUAUCAAAAGAAUGUGUGUUAAGAAUAGUCCCAAGAAAACUUUGUAUAAUAAUCUCCAACGAUGAUAAAGGUCCAAAAAAGCCUUUUGUAUGGUGCGAACUACCAGUAAAUUUUUAUUUUAAAGAAUUCAAUAUGUUUGGAGUAGCUGAAGAAAGUAACGAAAUCUAUUUAUCCGUUUCAACUGCGAUGUUGGCCAGAUGUUUAAAUGUACUCAAACAAAACGUGGUUUUCAUCAAAAUAAAACUAACAAACAAACAAACACCCUGUUUAACGAUUGAAAUAGAACAAAAUACAGAGAGUACCAGAAGUAUUCAACGUGUACAUGAUAUUCCAGUUGAAAUAAUAUUAAAACAAUAUUGGCAAGAUUACGCCGAACCUGUGUUUAAUGACUUCCAUGUUUCUAUUGAAAUGCCAAAUUUACGAUUGGUUAAAACCAUUGUUGAAAGCAUGAAAAGUAUGAAUCCAACUAUCAAUGUCUCUGCUAAUAAAUAUGGAAGAUUAAGUUUACAAAUAAAAACAAAUACAGUUAGUUUAUCAGCACAUUAUCCAGAUUUAAGUGUUCAAUCUUUUGCAGUUGGAUCAACAUUUUUACAUGAUGAUGGUGAUAAUGAGGAGGAGUUAUUUGAAACUGUUUCUGCUACAGUUGAUGUUAAAAAAUUCUUAAUGUUUUUAACAGGAAUGCAAUUACAUAAUGCAAGAACUAUUUGUAGUAUUGUACAUAAUAGAAUGGUUAAGUUUUAUUUAGAACAAAAUGGUAGCUUAUCAUUACAAUAUUAUUUAACACAAGUUUCGUUAUAG